UAAUCUCAGCAAAACUUAAAGAAAAUAAAAAGAAUUGGUUUGGACCAAGCCCUUAUGUAGAAGUCACAGUAGAUGGACAGUCAAAGAAGACAGAAAAAUGCAACAAUACAAACAGUCCCAAAUGGAAGCAACCUCUUACAGUUAUCGUUACCCCAGUGAGUAAAUUACAUUUCCGCGUGUGGAGUCACCAGACGCUGAAAUCUGAUGUUUUAUUGGGAACUGCUGCAUUAGAUAUUUAUGAAACAUUAAAGUCAAACAAUAUGAAACUUGAAGAAGUGGUUGUGACUUUGCAGCUUGUAGGUGACAAAGAGCCAACAGAAACAAUAGGAGACUUAUCAAUUUGUCUCGAUGGUCUGCAACUAGAUGCUGAAAUUGUUACUAAUGGUGAAACUACAUGCUCAGAAAGUACUUCACAGAAUGAUGAUGGCUCUAGACCCAAGGAUGAAGCAAGAGUGAGCACAAAUGGAUCAGAUGAUCCUGAGGAUACAGGAUCUGGUGAAAAUAGGAAGGUCAAUGGGAACAAUUCUCCAUCGCUCUCAAAUGGUGGUUUUAAGCCCUCUAGACCUCCAAGACCUUCACGGCCACCUCCACCCACCCCACGUAGACCAGCAUCGGUCAAUGGUUCACCAUCUGCCACUUCCGAAAGUGAUGGAUCUAGUACAGGCUCUCUACCACCAACAAGUACAACUACAAAUAUAUCUGAAGGAGCAACAUCUGGAUUAAUAAUUCCUCUUACUAUAUCUGGAGGCUCAGGGCCUAGGCCAUUAAAUCCUGUAACUCAAGCUCCCCUACCACCUGGUUGGGAGCAGAGAGUGGACCAGCAUGGACGAGUUUAUUAUGUAGAUCAUGUUGAAAAAGAAACAACAUGGGACAGACCUGAACCUCUGCCUCCUGGCUGGGAACGGCGGGUUGACAAUAUGGGACGUAUUUAUUAUGUUGACCAUUUCACAAGAACAACAACAUGGCAGAGGCCAACAUUGGAAUCCGUCCGAAACUAUGAACAGUGGCAGCUACAACGUAGUCAACUUCAAGGAGCAAUGCAGCAGUUUAACCAGAGAUUCAUUUAUGGGAAUCAAGAUUUGUUUGCUACAUCACAAAGUAAAGAAUUUGAUCCCCUUGGUCCUCUGCCACCUGGAUGGGAGAAGAGAACUGAUAACAAUGGCAGAGUAUAUUUUGUCAACCACAACACUCGAAUUACACAAUGGGAAGACCCCAGAAGUCAAGGAGACAAUGGACCACAGAUAGCAUAUGUUCGAGACUUCAAGGCAAAAGUUCAGUAUUUCCGGUUUUGGUGUCAGCAACUGACCAUGCCACAGCACAUAAAGAUCACAGUGACAAGAAAAACAUUGUUUGAGGAUUCCUUUCAACAGAUAAUGAGCUUCAAUCCCCAAGACCUGCGAAGACGUUUGUGGGUGAUUUUUCCAGGAGAAGAAGGUUUAGAUUAUGGAGGUGUAGCAAGAGAAUGGUUCUUUCUUUUGUCACAUGAAGUGUUGAACCCCAUGUAUUGCCUGUUUGAAUAUGCAGGGAAGGACAACUACUGCUUGCAGAUAAACCCUGCUUCUUACAUCAAUCCAGAUCACUUGAAAUACUUUCAUUUUAUUGGCAGGUUUAUUGCCAUGGCUCUGUUCCAUGGGAAAUUUAUAGACACCGGUUUUUCUUUACCAUUCUAUAAACGUAUCUUGAACAAACCAGUUGGACUUAAGGAUUUAGAAUCUAUUGAUCCAGAAUUUUACAAUUCUCUAAUCUGGGUUAAAGAAAACAAUAUUGAGGAAUGUGGUUUGGAAAUGUACUUCUCCGUUGAUAAAGAAAUUUUAGGUGAAAUUAAGAGUCAUGAUUUGAAACCCAAUGGUGGCAAUAUUCUUGUGACAGAAGAAAAUAAAGAAGAAUACAUUAGAAUGGUAGCUGAGUGGAGGUUAUCUAGAGGUGUUGAAGAACAGACACAAGCUUUCUUUGAAGGCUUUAAUGAAAUUCUUCCCCAGCAGUAUUUGCAGUACUUCGAUGCAAAGGAAUUAGAGGUACUUUUAUGUGGAAUGCAAGAGAUUGAUUUGAAUGACUGGCAAAGACAUGCCAUCUACCGUCAUUAUACUAGGACAAGCAAACAAAUCAUGUGGUUUUGGCAGUUUGUUAAAGAAAUUGAUAAUGAGAAGAGAAUGAGACUUCUACAGUUUGUUACUGGAACCUGCCGAUUGCCAGUAGGAGGAUUUGCUGACCUCAUGGGGAGCAAUGGACCACAGAAAUUCUGCAUUGAAAAAGUUGGGAAAGAAAAUUGGUUACCCAGGAGUCAUACCUGUUUUAACCGCCUAGACCUUCCACCUUACAAGAGCUAUGAGCAACUGAAGGAAAAACUGUUGUUUGCCAUUGAAGAAACAGAAGGAUUUGGACAAGAGUAACUUCUGAGACCUUGUACCACUGAAGGACGAGAACUUAUUUUACAGUGUUUGUCCUUUUCCUUCUCUGCAUAUUGCACAUCUUGUUAUAAAAUUGGACUAAACUAUUCAGUUAUCUGAUAGUUUAUCAGUUAUCUGAGAUUUAUCUCCCAGUGAUUGUAGAUUUCUACUUAGUAGUUCCAGAAAUCAAAUCUACAAACACUAGUCAAUGACUUACUUAACAUGAGAUUUAACACAGCAAUGAAAUCUGCCUUGUCUUAUUCCACUAGAUUGUUUCCUUAACAAUUUUGUGUGUGUCAAAAGUCUCACUUGGGAGUAGGUUUUUUUUCUCUUAGAGAUUCUGCAGCUAUGCAGGGAAGUCUCUUGGUAACUGCAAUAUACAAGAUCUUCUUAUUAAGCCUCUUGCUAAGAGGUAUUCAGUAAAAGUACAAGCUUAGCCCAGCUUCUGGACAUGUGCACAAACUGCUAGCUUGUGCUCUCCCUCUCAUUUCAGCCUGGCAUGACUGUUGUUUUUCAUUCCUGGAGCAUGAAUCCAUGCAUCAUUUUGAUGUUAUUCCUGGGAGUGAUACAAGACUCUUGAAUCUCUCUCCAAAGUAGUUUUGCCUGUUUGAAUUCAGGGAAAAAUUGGUCCCAGUGCAAAUGACUUCAUAUCUCUCUUCAUUUGGAAAUUUGAUUAUUUUAAUUAUCUGCAAAUACUAACUUUACAAACGUUAUCAACAUUGUGGUUCCUUCACUGAUGUUUUUAAAGUUAACCUAGAAUUGAAAUUAUUUCUGCUGAAUUCAUUUAAGGCCAUUAUUGACAAUUUUUGUAUGAUCCUAUACAUAAAUUGAAGCUUUAUAAUUCCAUUAUAAUCCAACAAUUACACUCGUAUUUAACUUUUGCUAAGGAGUUCAAAUUGUAACUAGAGUAUUUUCUAUUCCAAAUAGAGAUCAGUGAAAGAGCCUCUCAAAUAAUAUUUUCAUUUGGGAGGGAGAGCUUUUAGCACUAGCUAGAAGAAAAGGGAAGAUAACAUCUAGUAACCACAGAAAUGUAUCCUCUGUCUGAAUUAAUUUGCUGGUUUCUCUGACACAUGUUCGAGUAGUCAUUUCCAUUCUCUACAUUGUCCUGAAUUGAGCCAAUAUCUUUCAUCUGUAAUAUUCUUUCACCUCUAAAAUUUCGGCAGGCUCUCCUUUUUUUCCCUAUGACAAGUUUAUUUUAGACUGCUCCAUUUGUAAGUGAUUAAUGCACUUGACUUUCUCUGUAGUUCAUUAAUUUAACUUGGCCUCACUUAGACUGUCAAGAUGCUGCUGUUACAGAUUUGACUUUAUGGGCAGUGAGCUGAAACCUAAGCCACCUGAGUUUCUAUCAUAGCCAAACCCUGAAGACAGCUUUAUAAUCAUAUAACAGGGACUUUGGCAUGUUGCAGUAGCAUAGCAUGAACCAAUUGCAUGAAGCCAAGAAUACUCAAAGAGUAGCAAACCUCUGUUCCAUAUGAAAAGAAAAUGUUUUGACAUCCCUGUCCUUCCUAUUUAAAUCCUGAAACAACAAAAACAUUUUUAAACUUGUGUAUCUGGACUCUUUGACACUGCCAUCUUAUGCAAAGACUUAAGUGAGUUGCCUCAUCCAGAAACUGUCAGUGUAAAGGGAGAGAUUAGACUUUCUUAAACCCUAUCUGUUUUUUAUUCCACAUACCCUAGGAAAUACAGAGUGAUUUCUAAAAGCCCUAAUUGUUUCCAAAGAAGGGCUUCUCUGCCUUUUUGUUUGUAGGGUUAAAAAAAAAAAACACAAAUAAACAAAAAACAUGCUAUUGCUGUGUCUUACAGAGCAAAUGUCUGCCAACUCCUCAUUUAUAAUAUAAGUCUGAACUUUGGUAAUAUGUGUCUAUGAAGAUAAAGACUUCCUAUUGAGGUGAAUUCACAUACUGAAAUAUAGUUACCUACCAUAUUUACUAGAGAUUUAUGAGAUUAAAUUAAGAGUUAAUGUAAGAAAAUAAGCUUUUUCGAUUCUACAUAACGCAUUUUAGGGAACUAGAAAUAUUGUAUGAAAAUGUAUAAAUAUCAUCCAAAAAGGCUUUCUGCCCUAUAUUUUUAAAAUACAGAAUAGUUAUAUUUGAAAUAGCUCUGGCCCUAGUUCUAUAGGGCUUGGCUAUUUAAUAUUUUUAUGAAAGAAACAUUUAGUUCUGGAAAGGUAAAUGCUUGUAUAUAUUUUUGCAGCCUGGGGUUUCCCUGCUCCAUUUCUUCCUUUAAUUUAAAUGGUCACAUGUGUAUGUCUUCCCUGCUGUAUUAGGAAAAUGGGGGCUGGAUAUCCCAAGAAUCAGAGGUUAUAUAAAAAUAGUACAGACAGCAGACAUAAAUAUCUACCAAAUGCUAUCUUAAAUUUUGGUCCAAAAUAAAUAUUUGGAAAUAGAUUUAUUGUAAGUGUUCAAUUAGAACUUUUUCUUAAAUCUGAAGUAAAUUGCUUUUAAGGUCCUUUUUCUUUGUAAGCAUUGUAAAUGCUAAUAAAUCCUGUUAAUUUUUUUUAACUGCAUGUUACAUCGAAAUAAAAACAAAGUAAAAUGAGCAAUUGCCUUAUUCUUCUGCUCUUUUGGUGGGAUGGGGAAGGCAGCAUUCCACAGCCUGGAUCAAGAGGGAAGGACCUCACUUGUUUCAUCAAAUGGGAUGUUUUAAAAAUGAUCUAGCAGCUCCUAAUAAUGAAUUCUUGCUCUUUUAUAAUCUUAAAGUGCAAAAGAAUCUAAUUUCCUAAGACUUACAAUAACUCUAUUUAAAAUUCAGGUACUGAUUUUUCAUCAAGGGAUUGACAUGCCAAUGUCAACUCAUCAGAAAUUUUAGUGAAAUGAGACUCAACUGCCCACAGAGGUCUCACCCUAAAUGAACUAUUUACUUACGUGGUUAAUAAUUUGAAUUGUCACCAGCAAUGACUCAUGGAAUUAGACUUUGCUUCCAAUUUUAUGUCCCUCAUUUUGGAUGUAAGUUUAUCCUUCUAAACUCCUUUAGGGUUAUCUACUUCUAUUUAAUGUAUUAUUGGUAUC